AUGGCCAUGGGGAGGAUCAUAUUCUACGAGGAAAGGAACUUCCAGGGUCGCUCCUAUGAGACCAGCAGCGACUGCCCGGAGCUCACUUCCUACCUGAGCAGGUGUAACUCCUGCAGAGUGGAGAGCGGCCUCUUCAUGGUCUACGAGAAGCCCAACUUUAUUGGCCACCAGAUGCUGGUGAGGAGGGGCGAGUAUCCAGACAACCAGCGUCUGAUGGGGAUGAGCACGAGCGACUGCAUCAGGUCUUGUCGCAUGAUCCCCAUGCACCGCGGACCCUUCAGACUGAGGAUCUAUGAGAGGGAGAACUUCGGAGGGCAGAUGCACGAGUUGAUGGAUGACUGCGACAACAUGAUGGACCGCUUCCGUAUGUCUGAAUGCCAGUCGUGUAACGUGAUGGAAGGCCACUGGCUGAUGUUCGAGCAGCCCAACUACAGAGGCAGGAUGCUGUACCUGAGGCCUGGAGAGUACAGGAACCUUAGAGAGAUGGGGAUGGACAACAUAAUGAGGUUCAGCUCUAUCAGGCGCAUCAUGGACACCUGUUAG